CUUCAGCGUUGCAGUUAGCUCAAGUCGAUGGCUUCGGCGGUUCUGCAGGUGUUCGGCCAGCCGGCGUCGACGGACGUGGCGAGGGUCAUGGCGUGCCUCUUCGAGCGGAAGCUCGAGUUCGAGCUGGUCCGCGUCGACGCGUUCAAGCGCGCGCACAAGCUCCCCAGCAACUUCGUCAAGAUGAGGGAUCCCAGCGGCCAGGUGACUCUCAAGCACGGUGACAUAACUCUCACCGAUUCGAGGGAUAUUUGCCGGUACGUGUGCACUGAGUUCCCGCGGCAGUGCACCAGGAACCUGUUCGGCGCGGGCGCUCUGGAGCGCGCGUCCAUCGAGAAGUGGCUGCAGGCGGAGGCGCAGAGCUUCGACGCGCCGAGCUCGGCGCUGGCGUUCCACCUCGCGCUCGCACCGCCGAUGGGUGGUGCGUCGCCGGCCGCGCCCGACGCCGACGACGAGGAGGUGUCCCUCCGCGCCGGAACCGCGGAGAGCGAGCGGCAGCUGCUGAGGGUGCUUGACGUAUACGACGACGCGCUUGGCAGGAGCGCGUACCUCGCCGGCGACGAGUUCACGCUGGCCGACCUGUCCCACCUCCCGAACACGCACUACAUCGCGUGCUCCGCGAGAGGCAGGGCGCUGCUGGCGUCCAGGGAGAACGUGGCGCGGUGGUACGAGGCCAUCUCGGCGCGCCCGGCGUGGAGGCAGGUGGUCAGGGUGCAGUGCCAGAGCGCACACUGUCCUGUCCCGUUCGAGCUGUGAGGCCGCACGGCGCCGUUCGAAUUUGCACGCGAGACCGCGAAGGACUUCUCAUGCAGCACCAUAACUAACCUGCUUGUGUCGUGUCAUGUCCGGCCUGUGUAGUUGUGUACGUACGUUCAGCUUUGUCGUGAUGGUUAGAAUAAACAUGCAUGUAGCCUUCGUGUACGUGUAGUGUCAUAGUGUGUGGUGUCCUAUUUGUCCUUUGUUGACAUUGAUCGGUUAGU